CAGCCCUCCAUAGUCGACGGCUACAACGCUAGCUGCACCAGCUGCCAGUACCAAUUCUGCUCUCGGUGUCAGCGCUCCAGGGACACCGUCCUACUACGCUGUCGCGAGGAAGACAGCUUCGAGUGCGAAGAGAGUUUUAGCAAUUACGCCUUUGAUGAUAGUCUGGGUGGUGGUGGUGGUGGUGGUAGUGGUGGUGGGAGCUUCAACGUGAGUGGCUGCACUGGCUACAAUGCUAGGAGAGCGUCGGCUCUCUCCAAUACAUCGGUCGGUAGUGCAAAGAGUAGGAAGAAUCUGAAGAGACUCUGA